CAGAGUUGACAAUUUCAACCGCAGCGGAAUCAAACCCCCCGACAAAUAACAAUCAACAUGGCCGCUCAAGCACCAGCCCAAGCAGCGAAAGUGCUGAACCCAGCUUUCAACCCGAGAACUGUCCAUUUUUGGGCUCCUAUCCUCAAGUGGGGUCUUGUCAUUGCUGGGGCCAGCGACUUCUAUCGUCCCGUCGAAUCUCUUUCCGUCACUCAGAACGUCGCUCUCUUCUGCACAGGAUCUAUUUGGACUAGAUGGUGUCUAAUAAUCCACCCGAAGAACAUCCCGUUGGCCGCUGUUAACUUCUUUUUGGCCGGUGUCGGGAGCGUCCAAUUGGGGCGUAUUGGGCUACACUAUCAGAGCUUGAAGAAGCAGGAGAAAGAAAAUCCUGUUAUGAGCGAAAUUGCGAAAAAAGCCACCAACACCACCACCUAAGCUUGGCGCUUACGGCUGAAAAUUCUACGAGGAAUAGAUGGAGGUCGUGAGAACGGGAGUGCAGUUUUUUUCCGUAUUCCAUUACAAAUCAAUCUUUCCCUGAUGCGUGGGCUCUGGAAUCUUGCAUAGAGUGGUGCUUUUAGCAAUUGAUAUAUGAUUUAAUCUCUUGGUCUCUCCGGA